AUGAGCUCGCGGGGCCUCUUUCUCUACGGCACGCUGCGCAAGCAGUUCCUACUGGCAUUGGACCGCUCGCCCAUGCUCCAGUCACUAUGGAGCCAGCAAACGGCCUCGGCCGUCAACGUGCCCCUGACCCUCCCGCUCAGCAUGCCCCUGAAAUCUCAGAUCUAUCUGGACGUAGCCCUUACUAACGCCGGCAAGCCGGCCGUGCAGGUCAAAGCCAAGCAGGGCCUUGCCUACGUCAAGCAGUUGAUGCGCUUCUACAAGCACGGCGUGUCGGCCGUGUGGCGCAACCACAAACAGGCAAAAACGCUCAUGAAACAGUCGUACAAAAUGUCCGGGUCGCUCGGCCGCGCGGGCCGGGAAACGGCGGUCCGCGUGCCCGGGCCCCGUGCGCUCACCCGCCACAUGGCCCAGCACUUGUACAUGAACCUUGUCGAAAACAGGGCCGAGAAGGCCGCCACCACGGGCGACGUGGUCCGAGCAGGCGCCGCCGCAGAGGCGUGUGUCUCGCCGGGGCUCCUCGGCAUGUCACGUGCCGACUUCCAGUUGCUCCGCCGGACGCCGCCGGACUUCGUCAAGAUCCCGGCGUUUGCCGUGCUCUGCGCCAUUUUCAUGGAGACCACGCCGGUGCUCUGCUACGCGUUCCCCGAGCUCACGCCGCUGACGUGCGUGCUCCCGCUGCUUCUCCCGAGAAUCUGGCGCCCCGGGCCCAUGAAAGACUUGCAGGCGCAGAUGACCCCGGCCGAAAUCGGGCUGGUGGCCGACUACAUGAUGAAAACCGCAUACAACAUGCCGCCGCGCCACGUGCGCUUGCUCUGCGCGGCCUUGCGCUUGAAAACGAAGUAUGUGCCCUCGCAGAUGUUCCCGGAGUUUGUUCUCCGCAAACGGCUCCAUGACUACUUCAACUACUUGACCGUGGACAACUACUACUUGAGCGGCAUGAACGGCGACGGCAACGUGUGGAACCUCGAUGUGCAGGAGCUCGUUCUUGCGUGCUUGGAGCGCAACUUGGUCGACGACUGCAAGGCCUUGGUGGGCGUCUUGAGCUCGGGCUCCUUGGAAAGCCGGGCCGACGCCUUGGACGCUUUGAGACUCAAGCUUGUGCGCUUCAUUGCCGACUUUUCUUCGGCCAACGUCGGCUACUUGGCGGUCGGCCACUUGCUUGAGAGCCCGGAUGUGAAGACGGUCACCAAGUGGAGGGAAUCGGGUCAGUAA